GCGCCCGACAGCGAAAAUGUCGAGUUCAGCAAAGAAACCACAAGUCGCAAAUGAAGAUAGUGACAAUGAUGAGAAUGACGUUUUCCAUGACGCCCGAUUUCCCCGCGAUGAAGAAGCUCAACUGCUCUCGCAAUCUAAUACCCAAAAGUCUGAAGCCAACAAGCUCUUCUCCUCCGCCUGUUAUUCCGACGCCAUAGUCACCUACGAUCGCGCUCUCUCCCUUUGCCCGAACUACCUUGAUUACGAAAUUGCCGUUUUACGAAGCAACAUCGCUGCAUGUCACCUGAAGCUUGAAGACUGGAAGGCAGCUGUUGAUUCGGCAACUGCGAGUAUAGAGUGUUUGGACCGAGUGCUUCCCUCUUUUUCCACCUCUGCAGCUACAGGCGAAAGAGAUAAAUCAAACGAGCCUGCCCAGCCACGAGAUGAUGCAAACGCUGUGGUAGAAAUUGGGGAUGGUGAUGAGGAGGACGAAGCCGAGCAAUUAAGGAAAUUGAACGAAAGCGACGCGAAGAGAGAAGAUGUCAAACGAAUCCGCGCCAAAGCACUGAUGAGAAGAGCCAGGGCGAAGCUGGAACUGGGUGGAUGGGCAAACUUGCAGGGAGCGGAGACAGAUUAUAAGGAGUUGUUGGAGCUGAAAGUGUUGCCGAAGAACGAUGAGCUGGGUGUAAUCAAAACGCUGAGAGACCUGCCCGCAAGGAUCAAUGUUGCGAGGGAAAAGGAGAUUGGAGAUAUGAUGGGAAAAUUGAAAGAUCUUGGUAAUGGUAUUCUAAAACCGUUCGGACUAUCGACAGAUAACUUCAAAUUUGUCAAGGACGAGAGUACAGGAGGCUACAAUAUCGCCUUUGAGAAGUGACCUUUCUCCAGGGAUUGAAUAAACAUAUGUACGGAGUACUUUCACCACAGAUAAUCCUCACUUUAGCCACCGGAGAUAUCAGAGAGAUCGGGCUUCCCAACUGGCCCUGCGACGCAUCCCUUUAGCCCCAGUUUGGAAAAUUUCCGUGAGCCACAUAGAGUCCUUCGAAGCUUCGAAACUCCCAGUGAGAAAACGAAACAAUCCUGCUAGAUCAUGGCUCGAUCCUGCCUGUCGAUCAGCGCUCAAGGGAACUCCAAUAGUUAUGUCAUGCUGUUUCGUCUGCGCGUUGUCCGUGCUUUAUGGCAUCGGCGGUGUCGGCAAUCCCAAACUCCGUGACGCCGAUGGUGUUCCAAAAUGUGGAAUCCUCAUUGGCUGCUUGCAAAGAUAUCGGAGCUCACUUGCUUAGUCAUCCCGACACUCGAGGCUCGCUUUCCCCCCGUUUGAUCUAUCCCUGAAGCCACCAUAAAAUUUGCGGGCCGUGCUGACCGUCAAGAACGCCAGCCGCUAUGUUGGAGAAGGGAGCAGCAUGGUGUCGGAGUCAUAUCUGGAAACGCAACUCGGGCUGGAACAAUUCAUGAUUGAUAGCGAAGCUGAAAAUGCUUGGCCCACGGAGAAGAUAUAUUCUUGCUCCCGAGUUAAAGAUUCAAGGGCCGGACCGCCUGGAGAUACUCCGUACAUUGUAUUGAGAAUCUUGCAAAGAUGAGUUCUUUUUAUUGAAAGCUAUUUAUUUUGACAUUUUUCUUCUCUUUUGUUAUUCUAUAUAACGCGGAGAAGACAAUUUAGC